UGGACAAACCGACGAACCCCAACAACAUUGACAAAACAAAACAAAAACAGGGGAUCUCUUCUCUUCUGUUUUUGGGCUCUUUCCAAAAUCACGAGAACCCUCUCCCAUUCUUUUCUAGAUCCCUGUCUUCCUUCUCCCUUUCUCCUACAUUUAAUUUAUUAUUUUUUCUUUGUUGGCUUUACAUUUAAUUUAUUCUUUCUUCUCCUUUGAGCAAUUCACAAGUGGCUAUGUGCUAUAGCUUAAAUUAUACUCUGGUCUUCUGGAUCAUAAUUCAUCAUCUCUUGUUCUUGUCGUCAUUUGGUCAAUGUAGAGAUUCGAUACUGCCUGAAGAAACCCUCUGAAACAAAGAUCUCAGUUUUCGUUCUCUCUAGAUUAGAGGGUUUCAAGCUCUUACUCUCAGUCUAAUCCCAAUACCCAAAGCCAUGAUUUACCCAUCAGUUUCUACUAAAAAACCCUUUGCAACAGUAAUACCAAAAUUCCAUAAGCCCCCACCAAAGCUCUCUCUCUCCAACUCCAUGUCCAUCCUUUGUUUCCAUCGUCACAAACCUAACAUCAUUAACGAAUCCGCAAAACCCGGAACCCGUUUCAGAGACUCCAUUACUGUGAACCCAAGUCAAUUCUAUUUCAAAAAAAGCGUGAAACAGAGGGGAUACGAGGAGAGAAGAGGAACUUCCUCAGUGAAUAGCCGGCAAAUGUUGCUUUUGUGUGGGUUUGGCUAUUGGAUACAGGGUUUUAGGUGUUUCCCAUGGCUCGCUCUCAACUUCCACAUGGCUCACUACCUUAACAUGCACCCGUCAACAUUGCAGCUGGUGCAAAAUGCCGGUAACCUGCCCAUGGUUGCUAAGCCUCUCUACGGAUUGUUGUCGGAUGUUUUAUAUAUUGGCGGUGCUCGAAGAGUACCUUAUGUUUCCAUUGGAGUUCUUUUGCAGGUCUUGUCUUGGGGGCCAUUAUCACUAAUCCCUGUCGCUGGUGAAUCCCUUCCAACUCUCAUGGCUUGUGUUCUUCUCGGUAAUCUUGGAGCAUCCAUUACAGAGGUUGCAAAAGAUGCUCUUGUUGCAGAGUAUGGCAAAAAACACAAAGUAAAUGGACUUCAGUCUUAUGCAUUCAUGGCUUCAGCUGCGGGUGGAAUUUUAGGCAACUUAAUAGGUGGAUAUUACUUACUGAAAGCACCAUCCAGAACCAUGUUUAUUGUGUUUGCAAUUCUACUUUCUCUUCAAUUUGGGAUUUCUGUGACAACAAGGGAGGAAUCCCCUGGUUUACCACAGCCAUUGAAUGGCUGUCUUGCCAGGAAAUCUUUGUCAGGAAUCAUCAGGAAACAGUUCUGUGGUCUAAUAACAGCUGUUAGUGAGAAGAGUAUUUCCCGCCCUCUAGCUUGGAUUGUGGCUUCUAUUGCUGUUGUCCCAAUUCUUUCAGGUUCUAUCUUUUGCUAUCAAAUGCGGUGUCUACAUAUUGAUGCUUCAGUCAUUGGAAUGUCUCGAGUGAUUAGCCAGUUGGUUCUUCUUUCAACAACUGUUCUUUAUAAUCGUUACUGGAAAAAGGUUUCCAUGAGGAAACUGAUUGGCGCUGUGCAGAUUUUGUAUGCUUCUUCCCUACUUCUGGACCUUGUUUUAGUAAAACAGAUCAAUCUUAGAUUUGGAAUUCCCAAUCAGGCGUUUGCUCUAUGUUUUUCGGGUUUAGCAGAAACUCUUGCACAAUUUAGGCUCCUCCCCUUCUCAGUGCUAUUAGCAAGUUUAUGUCCCAAGGGUUGUGAAGGAUCUCUCACUUCUUUCGUAGCAUCAGUCCUCUGUUUAUCAGCAAUGAUAAGUGGAUUUUUGGGUGUUGGAUUGGCUUCUCUUAUGGGAAUAACAUCCAGUGAUUACUCAAGCCUGCCUAUGGGAAUUCUGGUGCAGUUCCUUGCAGCUUUAAUUCCUUUAGGAUGGAUUCAUUGCAUACCCAUGGCAGAAGCUGUUGCUGAGAAGGAAAAGAAGAGAAGUAUGAGUAAAAGAACUCGAAGAAAUAGAAGGGUUGGAAGAAUGGUUUUUGGUUCAGUUUAUGCUUAUCGGCGCGAGAGAAAAUCUGAGACACAGAGUUGAAGAAGCUAAAUAGUUCUACAGUCAUGUUUUCUUAGAGAACAUGAGAUAGAAGAAAGGAAGCAUUGAAUUUUUCAAGCCCCGUUCAUUGUAUUCAUGCUCAACCAAAGCCCUAAAGAAGGCUCCAUCUCUCAACAUGGGCUCUGAGUUUUGAUUAUCUUGUUUCCACCCCAAUGGUCCUAAGGAAUCUUCAUUUUCAUUGCCAGAAGUGUUGUGGGACACUAUGUGAAAGCCUAAGUGAAGCAGAAGGCAUCUUGAUAAUCUCAAUCGGUCUUGGAAAGAGACCCCUGGCCCUGGCCCCAGGCCCAGGCCCAGGCCCUUGCCCUUCCUGGGAGCUUAGCAGCAGAACGCCUCUCCUGGAGGUUGGGGGAGCAAAAACUAGAAGUGGAUAUCGGUUCCCCUUCAAUUUCACCCAUUUCUUGUAGGCAAUAUCUUUUGGUUAUUUUCUUGAGAUUAGUCCAACAAUACAUUAAGAACCAAGAAGCUGUUUCGAGCAUCUAAUACAUGAGAUCAUGGAUACAUUACAGAGAAA